AUGAAUUAUCAUUUUAUUAUACAAGAAAGAAAAAAAAGAGACGAAUAUAAUAUACGCUUAGAAGGUCUGAUAAAUCGGUUGACAUUUAUUGCAUAUCAUGUUGAGUCAGAAAGCAAAAAAGAAAUUAUUGAUAUAAAAAAAGUACUAGAAAGCCAGGUCAAAACUUUAGCUAAAGAAUUAAACAAAUUUGAUACACCAAAUGCAAGUGAUACUCUGGAAAAAUUAAAAAACAUUAAAGACAAAUUAGAAAAAGAAUUAAAAAAUAAUAUUAAUGAGAGUUGUGUAGAAAAAUUUGAUAAAAUUAUUAAGGAAUUUAGUUUAGAAUUAAAAAUUAUAGCUAAAGCAUUAAAAGAAUUAGAAAUAUUUAAAACAUUUAAUGCUAUUAAUGUACUAAAAGAUUUUUCGAAAGAAUUAAUCAAAAUUGAGUCAAAAACUAGCUGCGAUCUAAGAAAGGCAUAUUUAAUAGAUAAACUAAAACUUCAGAUAGAAAUAUUAGAUAAUCUUAAAUUGUUAAAUAUAUUUAGUAUAUUAGAUUAUCAAAAAACAAGAAUAGAAACUAUUCAACUGAAGCAUAUAAAGUUUGAGGUUAAAAAUUCUAAAGAUAAAAUUCAAUCGACGCAUAUAGAGUCUGAAGUUAAGAAUUCUGAGCAUAUGGAGCUUGAAAUUGAUAAAUUUCAACCGACGCAUAUAGAAUCUGAAAUUAAGAGUUCUGAAAAAGAUAAAUAUUUUGAUAAAUUUAAAAAAGAUUUUAAUAACUUUGUGAAUGAUCUACGUGGCUUUUUAGAAGAAACUUAUAUAGGAAAACAGAUUGAUAGAGAAUUAAUUGAUCAAUAA